AUUGAGUCCUCUAUCCUUAUCCGUGGACCGUCGUCUUCAGAUGGCAAGUCUCUUCAUCUCCGCCGUGUCUCUGUCGCCGUUACGGCCUCUGACUCAGAGUCGUCUUACAAAACUCAGCUACCGAACAAACCUUCACUCGUUUAAUUUCAAACCAAUAAGGUUUAGCACGAAGAUUAGAAGUUUUGGUGGAAAUCGGAGAGAGCCCAAGGAUUCGAGAUUCGUCGAUGAAAAUGGCGUAGUUGAUGACAUGGAAGGUUUCUUAGACAAUCUAUCUCUAGAAUACGACUCCGUUUGGGACACUAAACCCUCUUGGUGUCAACCAUGGACGAUAAUGUUAACAGGUGUAUCAAUAGUGGCAUGUAGCUGGUUAAUACUACAUUCGAUCGUAGUUUCAUCGCUUGCGGUUGGUUUAAUUGGCGCUUGGUGGUACAUUUUCCUUUAUAGCUACCCAAAGUCGUAUUCAGAAAUGAUCGCUGAAAGAAGGAAAAGAGUAGCUGAUGGUUUUGAAGAUAUUUACGGCGACAACAAGACUUCGUAAGGACUUGUCAAUCCUAUAAGUAACAUUCGUUUUCACAUAAAUCUUUCCCUCUGCUUGUGUGUAUAAUAACAUGUCGUCAUCUUCUAUGGGUUAAAUCUCAGUUUAGUUCCAUUCACAGAUGUUUGAAUACAAAGCUCUUUGUCUCUU